GGUUGGGCCAGGAGGGAGAGGAGGAACGGACAUUACAAAGAAAUGGAAUACAGUUUUGGCCUGUAUCCUGGGAAAUGGGAAAAACGGGGGGAGUGAAAGGGAAAAGGAAAUGUUGUUGUGAUCGGAAUCGGAGAGAGAAUGAGAAGCAAGAGUGGGCGCGGGGGUAGGCCCAAACACAAUCGUUCCACUUCUUCUUCUCCUUCUAUCACUGCUACUACUACUUCACUUCCUAUGCUCUUCAAUCGCAAACACAAUCAGUUCACACUGGACGAAGAUAGCGUCUGUGGAGAAAUGCUCAAUGCUCAGCUACACAAUGAUGUAGCUCCUGAUUUGGUUGACCACGCUCUUGCUUCCAAAACAAGAGUCCAUUGCUCUACCUCUCAUGACAUUUCUACUCUAGAUGAUGGUAUGGAGAUUGAUUGCUUCAAACAGACUUGUAUAAUAUGCAAUCAAGGCGGACAUGUGUUUGUUUGUGCUGAAUCUGGCUGCCCAAUUGCUCUCCACAAGAAGUGCGUGAGUCGGGAACUUAUAUCUGAUGACGACUUAGAACAAUUCUACUGCCCGUAUUGUUUGCACAAACGAGCGUUGGUACAGAAACAACAACUGAGAAAAAAGGCUGAAUUGGCAAAGGAGGAUUUAUUGAAAUUUUUGGGUACAAAUGCUGUUGGUGGGGAUGGGCUAAAGCAGAAAGAUGGGGAAGAAAAGAGGCGUCAGGAUCAGUGUAAUACGGAUGAAGAACAGAUGACUGAAGAUGGUGCACUUGAUGCAUCAAAAGGAUCACAAGGCGGUCUAAAGAUACAUGAGGAAAACAUUUCUGAAGCACAUCAGUCUAAAUUUGCAGAAGAUGUAGAAAACAUACAACUAGAGAUGAAUGCAGAUGGUGCACUUGAUAGAUCAAAAGGAGGAUCAAAGGACGGUUUAAAGGUAUCUGAGGAAAAUAAAAGCAGAAGCAAGGAUGAAGAACAAAUGCAGCCAAAAUCACCAAAGCAGACUUCAAAUGCCAAUUUUGCCUCUGGAACUACGGAUUCAGAUAUGGAGAUACUCGCAGCACGAGUAUGCCGAAUCAAACAAAGAGCCCAAAAGAAGCCUUUCCCUCAGAAUGAUGAUUCACCAAUGAAAUCAUCCUCUCAGGAAAAUAGCACCACAGAGAAAAAGGUCACCUCCAAGAAUAAGAAACAUGCUGCCUCCAAAAAGUCAAGGCAACCUCAAGUGUCGACUAAGCAACUCACAACAAUGCCUUUUCCUACUGCAAAGCGAAAGAGAUUACUUUGGACAGCUGAAGAGGAAAAUAUGUUAAAGGAAGGUGUGCAUCAUGUUUCAGCUUCAGCCAAAAAAAAUGUCCCCUGGAGGAAAAUUUUGGAACUUGGUCGUCACAUAUUUCAUAAGAGUCGAACUCCAGAAGAUCUCAAGGAUAAAUGGAGGACGAUGUUGGCCAAAGAGCCUUAGACAAUUAAGAGAAGAUUGACUGAAUUGCUUAGUACAUCAGAUGACAAAGCUAGUGAAAGGGGUGACAGCAGGGUCUUUCUCCUAGUCAAGUCUAACUGUACGUGUGUAUAAUAUACCAGGAAGACCUCUUAAAUGAUGAAACAUGUAUAUAUAUCAAAUGGAUUCACUACUGUUUUUUGCUUGUCAAUGAAGGUUUUACUUUUUAUGAGAGGAAGAAAGAAAAGCAAGGCAGGAUAAAUUUGUUUCUAGGGCACAGGAGCAAACAUAACCCAUGAAUAAAACUUCCUGUAACUAGCAUUUUGGAUGGAGGAAAUUGCCAAGGUUGACUGUAGAUUGAAGAUAAAUGACCAUAGAAGUUGUAAUUGGUAAGUCCAAAAACAUGUGGACUUGCCAAAAUUAUGAUCAAGCUGAUAGCAUGAGAUGAUAUUCAUAGCACACAAAAAAUAGUAAAAACAAUUAAUUAAUCCUCUGUUAAUUACAA